AUGAAGCGCCCCGUUGCCUUUGCGCCGACGACGAAUGUUGAGCCUGGGAACCACCUCGCCUCACGCCUCCGGAAUGCUCCGCAAAACAACGACUAUAGGUAUACGAGCGAGGCUCAGCUUUUGCUGUUAAAAGACCUAUUUGGAGCUCUUGCUUGCAAUAAGCGAGAAUAUCUCAAUUACUUUUUCCCCAACGGACCACCGCAAGGAACCUCUCCGGCAGAUUGGAAUCUAUCGUCAGCUCAGGGUGCGUCUGAUGGAGCAGAGUACAGUGCAACAGCGAGGGGGAAGCCAUGUGGCCAUAUAUUUAAGUCCGGAGAAGCGACGUAUCGGUGCAAAACCUGUUCACUCGAUGACACCUGCGUACUCUGCGGAAAAUGCUUUGAGUCUUCUGACCAUACAGGUCACACUGUUUAUAUCAAUAUCUCUGCUGGCAGUAGUGGUUGCUGUGAUUGCGGAGAUCUUGAGGCAUGGAAAAUUCCCGUCAAAUGCGCCAUUCACACUCCUCUCACUCACGGUCUCUCUUCGCAUAUGGGUUCUGAGACCUCUCCCCACGGAAUACCACCAGACCUUGUUGCGGGUAUCCGAAGCACCAUUGCGAGAGCGAUAGACUACCUAUGUGAUGUUAUAUCCUGUUCACCAGAGCAGCUACGACUCCCAAAGACCGAAGAAGGCAUAAGAACAGAUGAGGAGUCAUCCAGGUUGACUUCUAGAUACUUCCCAGAAGAAUCGGCUACAGAUCGCGUUGAAUACGCACUGAUUGUAUGGAAUGACGAGAAGCACACCAUCGACGAGGUUGAGGAUCAAGUUGCACGAGCAUGCAAAAAGACCAAGGGGUUCGGAAAAGAGAAAGCACAGGAAACCCAUUUCGUCGGACGAAGUAUUGUUGCCUACAAUCACUCUCUUCCAGAGCUUAUGCGGAUAUCCAGUAUUAUCGAGCAAAUAAAAGUCACCGUAACUAUCAGGUCUGCGAGGGACACUUUCCGAGAGCAAAUGUGUGGUACCAUAAUAGAGUGGCUCGGGGACAUCGCUGGUUGCAGUGUAGGGGGGCAUAACGACAUACUUCGGACGACCAUCUGUGAAGAACUUCUUGGGGUAUGGAGGGUUGGCUCGAAGGCCUCAAAUACAGAAGUUGGUAAGAAAGGAAUCGAUGAUCAUGCGGUAGAGGAAGACGGUAAUCCUCUGCCGGGGACUAGGCGGGUGGUCGUGCCCAUUGAAGUAGUUACUGGGGCCGGAACUGACGACGACGUGGAUAUGGAUGAAGGAGAUAUCGAGGAUCAAAUUGUGGAAGAUGUUGACCAAGACGAAGACGACGAUGGUGGCGGGGGAGAAGCUGAUGAUGAUGUUGACAUGGUCGGCAGUGUAUUGGCCCAACUCGGCGGUCGUAUCAUAGGCGCAAUCGGAAUGGGCCCUCAAAAUCAAAUUGGUAGAGCCCAUGCAAACGCACAAACAGUGACUGUUCAAGCUGAAACUGCUAUUGAACGAACCCAAGAGGCCAGUGGCAGUGCGUCGGCAUAUAUUGAAGAGGAAAUGCCCGAUGUGCCGCCUAUACCUCGUACCCCAGGAUUCCAGCAUUCCCGCAGGCCUGGAGCACCAGUACCUAAACAUUGGCUAGAGAAACCAGCCGGGUAUGCCAACAAACACCCUGUCCCUCCUCACGAAGACCUACGCCAAAGGGUCCGACUGGACUGGCUCAUCCUUUUUGACCUGAGACUUUGGAAAAAGGCUAGGAUUGAUCUGCGGGAUCUUUAUAUUAGCACUGUGGUCGCUAUUCCCGAGUUCAAGCGAAUUCUGGGUUUACGGUUCUCCGGUCUAUACACUGUUCUGAGUCAAUUGUACCUUGUUCCCGACCGGGAGCCUGACCACUCUAUUAUCAACCUUUCCUUGCAGAUUCUAACAACGCCCUCCAUAACCGCCGAGGUCGUCAAGCGUGGGAACUUCUUAACAAAUCAAUUGGCCAUCCUGUAUACCUUUCUCACCACUCGCCAAGUAGGUCAUCCCCAUGAAGUCAACCAAGAGGCAACUCUUGCAUUUGAUACAGGAUCUCUCACCAAUCGGAGAAUGUUCCAUUUCUUCCAUGAUAUGCGGUAUUUGUUCGCAUCCGAUUAUGUCCAGGAUAGAUUACGGCAUGAGGAGAGAUAUAUGCUUCAAUUUCUAGAUCUAGUAACCCUUCACCAAGGCAUUUGCCCCAACACCCGCGCAGUUGGUGAGCAUGUAGAGUACGAAGCCGAGGCGUGGAUCAGCGCAUCCUUGAUUACGCGAGAGAUCAAUAGAUUGGUUAGGCAGUUCUCGGAAGCGUACCGAUGGACCGAAGACCCCCAUGACAACAGUCUUCAGUGUGCCAUAUCUACGGUUGCGAGAUACACCGCGAUCAACUCCUUAGGUUGGCAACGCUAUCGGUUCCAUCAAGCCGAGAUUAAAUCUCGAGCCGAGCUCAAACAAGUCACCGGCUUUCAGUUCGAUACAGACCGCUGGGGCAACCAACACCAAUACAAAAUCGUCAAGUUCUCUGUCGAUAAGCAACCGAUCAGUUUUCACCACGCCCUACAUUACACAUUGUCCUGGCUCAUAGAAGCUGGGAGAAACAUGGAUGUGCAUCAAUUACAGAAGUUCCUUGUGCCUGAUUGGGAACAAAUCAAACGAGCAUCGGAUCCAGAAACGCCGGAAUACGAACUCGAGGAUAUUGCAAUCGUCAUGUUUGAUUUUCCUCUGAGGGUUUGCGUGUGGCUAGCUCAAAUGAAGGCUGGUAUGUGGGUCCGCAACGGAUUCAGUCUCCGACACCAAAUGCAAACCUACAAGAGCGUUUCCCAGCGGGAGAUGGCACAUAGUAGAGAUAUCUUUUUAUUACAGACAGCCUUGGUCACCAUCAAUCCUAGCAGGAUGCUCGUGACAAUGAUCGACCGCUUCAAUCUCAACCAUUGGGUAGAGGGUAACUUUGACGUCCCGCAGGGUUAUGAGGACUCGCAAGUAUUAGACCUUGCAGAAGACCUUCUGCAUCUGUUGAUUGUGAUACUAAGCGAUCGUCUCCCACUCAUUCCAAUACAAGAAGAACCCGAUCUCGCGUUGUUGAAAUUAAAGAGAGAAAUUGUUCAUAUUCUUUGCUUCAAGCCGAUUCAAUUCUCGGAGCUCACGGCACGCCUUCCGGAGAGGUUACAAGAACUUGACAAGUUCCAAGAUACCCUUGAGGAAAUGACUACCUUUCGGCCUCCAGAUGGUCUCUCCGAUUCCGGCACGUUCGAGCUCAAAGAGGAGUAUCAUGACGAAGUGGAUCCAUACAUCCUACAGUUUUCAAAGAACCAACGUGAGGAAAUGGAAAAUAGCUGCUGUGCGAGGAUCGCAAAGAGAACCGGGCGUCUUGUUUCUGAGGUGGCAUUCGAGCCAAAACUACGGAAAAUCAAAACGGGUGUGUUCUCGGAUAUUGCCGCUUUCACCAGAACACCGAUUUUUGCACAGAUCAUUUACUACUCCCUUGCAUAUGGUCUUCAAUUCAAGAGCUACACACCUUCAAUACAGGAGAGCAGAGUUGAGAUAUUUCUGCAACUUUGUCUCCAUCUUUGCCAGCUAGCUGUCGCCGAGGACAAAACCCCCGAGGGCCAAGAAGCAGACAAUUCGUUUAUCCUCCACGCACUCGAAAAGAAGGCCAAGGGUGGAUUUGGGAUGCUCAAUCUACCCCCUGUUGAAGUUGAGGCUAGCGAAAUCGGCAAUCGGACCAUCGCCACCGUGCUCCACCGUUUGUCUGGCAUAGAGGCCUUCAAGGCUUGCUGGCCCAAGAUCGACAACAUUCUCCGGCGAAUGCGGCAUUUGAAGCCGGCGGCAUUUGAAGCAGCCGCAGUAUGGGCACACGAGAUUGCAGAGAGGAUGGAUACCGAAGCUGAACAGAACACCAAAGAUGCUGAAACCGAGAGAAAGCAACUAGCGAGGGAACGACAAGCAAAGAUCAUGGCACAGAUGAGGCAACAGCAACAAAGCUUCUUGAACUCCGCUGGAUUUGAUUUUGGAGAUGAAGAAUUUACCGAUAGUGAAAAUGAGGAGAAAGAGUAUGAGGAAGAGAAGAAAUGGUGGAAAUAUCCCGCCGGGACAUGCUUACUAUGUCAAGAAGAGAUGACUGACUCGAGGCUUUACGGAGCGUUGGCGUUGAUAUCAGAUAGCAAUAUCUCAAGGCAAACCCCAAUUAACGAUCCGAGCUACGUUUAUGAGAUUGUCACUCUGCCCGACAGCCUGGACCGCCCGGCCGACGAAAUCCGGCCUUUCGGGGUUGCAAGUAUGAAUCGUGAUUCUAUUCGCAAACUUGCUAUAGAUGGAACAGAGUUUAUUGUUAAGCGUCAAGGUCUGGGCCAAGGGUUUCCCCCAGAAUCUGUCAUGAGGGGGCCUGUUGCCACUGGGUGCAGCCAUGUCAUGCAUUUCAGUUGCUUUGAACAUUACUACGAAUCCACAAGGCGCCGUCAUCCUCAGCAAAUAGCCCGUGACCAUCCUGAGCGAUUAGAGCUUAAGGAAUUCGUCUGUCCCCUGUGCAAGGCUUUGGGAAAUGCUUUUUUGCCCAUUGUCUGGAGGGCUAAAGAGGAGACCACAACCGGGGUGCUAAAACCAACAGUCAAAUUCGAACAAUGGUUGGGAGAAAAACUCGGCUCGAUGGCAAAACUCAAGAAGGCUAUUGAGAGUGAUGGGCUAGACAGGUACAGUGUUAUGAUGUGUCAGGAAAUGUUCUGUUCCUAUGGCUCUAGCAACAUGAUCGCCCCAAUAGGGAAUAAGCUCUCUCAACUGUCAACAAUGCAUGUCGAGCCGCGAUUUCCUGAGCUUGGGUCUUCUAGACUAGCUCCCACUUUGACCUUCGGGACUAAUGAAACCGCUCCAAGAUCUGGCGCAGUUAUUCCCCUGCCGGUCCAAACCGAAUUGGACGAAUUACACAAAAUAUACCGUCGCCUGAGGGACACCCUUAUCAGCAACACCAUUCACACUAGAUAUCCCUCCAAUGAGGCACGCCUAGCUACACCUCCAGCGCAGCACAGCCUGACCCAUUGUGAUUCGAUGGCUAAAAUCUUUGGACUUACCAUCACGGCGGUUGAGAUUGCCCAACGAGGUGUGGGAUCCGAGCCCGGAAUGACCCUACUCGACCGGAUCUCGCAACAAGUUUUGACACAUUUAAGAAUUCUAUCUGAAACUAUAUCCUCCUACAUCGCCGUCGGGGGAUUACAAAGCAGCGAGAAAAACAAGACAAUUUUCGAGUUUAAGGACAUGCAACGACACCAAAUCCAGCGAUUGUUGAUUGGCCACCCGGAGGUAUACAAUAACAAAGCCCGCACGCAGUUGAGGUCGAACGAGAGCCCUCUAUUCUUAGACGAUAUAUUUGUAUUCUUGGCAGAGUGUUCCAUGUGCCUUGUCCCUGGACUGGGUCUUGAUAUUAUACACGUCGUUCGAUUAUGUUACAUGGCUGAAAUCACCAAGAUAGUGCAUAAACUUUCUAGAGUCAGUUGGUCCAACGACCUGUUGGCAGCAUGGGGGCAAUCCGGAAGAGCUAAAGAUGCGCAAAACUCUAUAAAUUUUACAGACCAGCAACUCAACACGUUCCGUCGGUUCGCAGAGUUCGUUCGCCAGAGCGGCGCGGACAACCUCCCCCUCGAGAACGUUGCAAUCAUGCGCGCAUUAGUCAGAAAGUACGCAACAACCUUCCUGCGUAAAUCUACCAUCCUAUUGCAUGUCCAUUACGGAGUCGUUUUUCCAAACACAGGUUUUGGAAAUAUUGAUGAUCCCGAGGUAGACCGCCUUUCUGAAGUCUUAGGACUCCCGAGCUUUGAUGAGAUGCUUUCCUCCUGGCUCAUGCCCACCGCCGACGGCGAAUACUUGCGUUCCAUGAUAUCGGCAUGGUGUGCACAUGCAAGCCCAGACUUUGAGAGUAUCAGCCUAUCACAUCCUGCUAUUUUCGAGCUUGUCGGAUUACCUCUUCAUUACGAUACACUAGUUGAUGAAGCCAUGAAGAGAAAAUGCCCAAAAAGCGGAAAAGACCUCUCUGAUCCCAAUGUGUGCCUAUUCUGCGGCGAGAUCAUAUGUUCACAAGCCGUGUGCUGUACAGAUAAGGGGCGUGGAGGUUGUAAUCAGCAUGUUGACAAAUGUGGGAAAGAUAUUGGGGUUUUCAUAAAUAUCCGGAAAGGAUGCGUGCUCUAUUUACAUAAUGGACAUGGCAGCUACGGACCGGCCCCGUACCUCGAUAAGUAUGGAGAAACCGACUGGGGGCUAAGACGUAAUCGACAAUUAUUCCUCAACCAGCGAAGAUACGACGCUCUCAUGCGUAACACCUGGCUACAACACGGCGUGCCAUCGGUCAUAUCUAGGAAAUUAGAGGCGGACAUCAACAGUGGCGGCUGGGAAACUCUAUGAGGAAUCGAUUCAUUGCUUCUGCUGUGUUCGUUUACAGAUGCCUUAUUCCUUUCUUUCACCUCUCUUCUUUCUUUCUUUAUUAAGUUCACUUUGUGUUUCUGGAUUGCGGUGUACCGGAGGUUUUGCUGGUUGGCCAAAAUUGUCUUUUCCCAGCAUCAUUAGAUGUAUUCUUUCAUCAGGCCCGGAGUAGUCUAGGAUGCCACGCUUUACUCUUCCCCCCCCCCGUCAUGCCCCCUGUUUCUAAAACGUUUACGGUCCGUCGGG